CCAAAGACUGAGACACGGAGAGGGCGGCUUUUCUUCUCUUUCCCCUUUGCUUUUGCAAAGCACAAGCACCAACCUUUACCUGCUCUCUCUCUCUCUCUCAUCAUUCCAGUCGCAGUCGCAUUCAAUUUGUGCGCGAGGGUGAUUUCAAUUCGAAGCGAGAGUUUCCAGUCUCGCCAUCCCUCUGAAUCUUCUUCGAAUCUUUAAGGAGGAGUUCAUUUACUUUCAUUUAGUGAUCUUCUCUUCUUGUUGGUAACGCUCGUGUUUCCCCUCUUUCACAUGAUCUGGCAAAUUCGUUUCCAGUAUGACGAGAGCCAUCCGAGAUUUUAGCAACACUAUGCCAAAGGAGGCCUUUGCCACGGUGUCAGCUGAUGUGAUAUUUGCUUCUAGUCGGUUCCCAAAUUACAAGAUUGGGGCUAAUAACCUGAUUAUUGAUGGAAAGGAUGAUCAAAAGACUUUGUCCAUGAAGGAAGUCGUUGCGCAUGAGACUGCUCUAUUGUUGGAGCAGCAGAAGCGUUUAUCAGUUCGUGACCUUGCCAGUAAGUUUGAGAAGGGGCUGGCUGCCGCUGCCAAAUUGUCUGAAGAGGCUAGAGUUAGAGAGGCUGUUUCCCUGGAAAAACAUGUUAUCUUGAAGAAGCUUAGAGAUGCAUUGGAAGCGUUGAAAGGACGUGUUGCAGGACGGAAUAAGGACGAUGUAGAAGAAGCUAUAGCUAUGGUGGAAGCUUUAGCAGUUAAGUUAUCUCAACGAGAAGGAGAGCUUAUUCAAGAGAAGGCAGAAGUCAAUAGACUAACAAAUUUCCUAAAGCAGGCCUCAGAGGAUGCCAAGAAACUUGUCGAAGAGGAAAGAGCUUUUGCUCGUGCGGAAAUUGAAAGUGCUAGAGCUGCAGUACAAAGAGUGGAAGAAGCCCUUCAGGAGCAUGAAACCAUGUCUCGGGCUUCGGGGAAACAGGAUCCGGAAGAAUUGAUGAAGGAGGUUCAAGAGGCUAGACGCAUCAAAAUGUUGCAUCAGCCAAGCAAGGUAAUGGACAUGGAACAUGAACUUCGUGCCUUGAGGAGUCAACUUGCUGAAAAGUCAAAACGUGCUCUUCAUCUUCAAAAGGAGUUGGCAACGUGCAAGAGCGGAGAGAAAAAUCCUCUUCUAUAUGAAUUAGAUGGCCCUGAAGCUUUGGGAUCCAUUUUGCGUAUUCUUCGUAGCUCUGAUAAUGCUCCUGAAAUUUCUGAGUUCUCAGUUCAAUGGUAUCGUCUGUUAACUGAUGGUGGCAAAAAGGAGCUCAUUUCAGGAGCUACCAAACAAGUUUAUGCUCCAGAACCUUUCGAUGUUGGGCGAGUUCUGCAAGCUGAUAUAUUUUCGGAGGGCCAGCACAUUACGCUGUCAACCACUGGCCCAAUUGAGCCAGCUCCAGGUCUUGGAAGUUAUGUUGAGGCGCUCGUUCGGAAACAUGAUACCGCAUUCAAUGUAAUUAUCUCUCAAAUGAGUGGUGUAGACCACAUAUCGGAAUCUAUUCACGUCCUUCAUGUGGGGAAAAUGAGAAUGAAGCUUUCUAAGGGAAAGACAACAGUUGCAAAAGAAUACUAUUCCAGCUCUAUGCAGCUGUGUGGGGUUCGAGGAGGUGGAAAUGCUGCACCACAAGCGCUGUUUUGGCAAGUUAAGAAUGGUACUUCCUUUGUAUUAGCAUUCGAAUCGGAGCGAGAAAGGAAUGCGGCCAUAAUGCUUGCCAGGAGGUUUGCCUACGACUGUAAUAUCGUUCUUGCGGGGCCAGAUGAUAGAUCUCUCUCAUCUGCUGCCCAAUAGAUGUCACAUCACAUUGCCUUAACAAACAUGUAAUUAUCCUGAGUUUCUUUUUCACCCCAUGUAUCAUAAGUUUGUAACAGUAGAAUGUUGCCUUCGCGGUCCCUGCAUUAGCUGUGUUCUGCUUUCUUGGGCUUCCGUUUUCCUUUUUCCCUUUAAAUUCGUCUUUUCGCCCCUCCGGUUUCGGGCUGCUAAUUCUAGCCCCAACAUUCAAGGCAUCCUUUUAUCUGCCUUUUGGUCAUUGGAUUGCAACAGCAUGACUUUUCUUGCUACAAAAUCUGUCGCUUUUGUGUGUUGAUUGACUGAUUAUUUUGGUUCCCUGGUAAAUGAAAUGCUUGGAAUUGUUGAAAGAAGAACGAUUCUGCUGGUCAA